UUAAUUUGUCUUGAGAAUUAUAAAAAUUUGAAAUCUUUUAAAAGUGGAAAAAGUAAGUUCAGAAGAAUGCUGUUCAUCGGUUCAAUCUGCGCUAUAAUUGCGAGUUGCUUUAUGUAUCGUAAUUUAAGGCAAAUGCCAUGUCCUAUCGUCAUUGAACAAUUUUUAUAUGAAGUAAAAUAUACCUUACUAGCGGCUAAGGAAAUUAUAUAUGCUUGGAUAAGUACAAAGUACAAUGAAAAUGACUGUUUACCUCAACCAGGAAGAAUUGCAAUUGUAACAGGAGGAUCCAGAGGAAUUGGGGUUGAAGUGGUAAAGAUGCUGUUAGAACUUAACAUGGAAGUAAUAAUUGCUUGUAGAACACCUUCUGCAGGUGAAAAGGCCAUUCUUCAAAUCAGAGAAUCUGGCAUUAAUAGUGGACAGGCAAAGGUUUAUAAACUUGAUAAUGCUUCUCUGGAAUCUGUAAAACAAUUUGCUACAGAAAUAAAAAAGGAUUAUAAACAGAUUCAUGUUUUAAUUAAUAAUGCUGGUGUUAUGUUUGGUCCUUAUCAAGAAACAGUAGAUGGUUUUGAACAACAAUGGGCUGUAAAUUAUUUAUCACAUUUUUUAUUAACAUCAUUACUGUUGCCUCUAUUAAAAGCUGGUGGACUUCCUGAACAGUCUAGUAGAAUUAUUAAUAUUACUUCUUGUGUACAACUUCUGGGAAAAAUUAAUUUCAAUGACAUUAAUGAGAAAAAUAAGUUUUUAACUAAACGUGCAUAUGCACAAAGUAAAUUGGCGCAAGAAAUAUUUACAAAACGACUACAGGAUCUUUUAAAAAAGAAGCAGUAUUAUAUACAAGUUUAUUCUGUACAUCCUGGAGUAGUUUUUACAGAACUUUUCAUACAUUCUUAUAUUUGGAAAUAUAAAUUACUUUUUCAACAUCUUUUUAAGACUCCCAAACAAGGAGCUAUUUCAAUUGUAUAUACUGCUGUAAAUAAAGCAAUUGAAAAUUGUGGUGGUUUAUACAUUAAUAAUUGUCGUCCAGGCCAAGUUAAUCCAGAUGCUUUAAAUUCAUCUAUUCAAAAAACAUUAUUUGACAUAUCUCUUCAACAAGUGCAACUAAAUGAUUUUUUCCAAUAUGUAUAA